CAUAUCUCUUUGGAGCUAAGUCAUUCGGAGUGAAAAUCAUUCGCGACUAGUUGAAAGAAUUAUUCUAUUUAUUAUUAUUGUUGCAUAAGGGUCGGACUACGGGGUUUAAGCAUUUAAAUAAUUGAAUUCAAUGAUUCUCAUUGAAUUUUUCUAAAUUUAGAACUGAUUCUAGGCAUGCUGAUUUGAAAGAGGGCAUUGCAAUUUAAAAUUGUUGUAGGUGGCGACACCAUGAAUAAAAUUAAAUAAAUCAUUCGUUUGGCAUUUGACGUGACGGUGCUGGUGGAAGCAUUGACUGCAUGUGUGAAUUGGUGGAGACGUUGACGGAACGUAGACGUUCUUCUCCGUAACGUGCUAUGUGAAUCGCACAUUAAACGCUCGGGUUUCGUCAGACCGACCUCUGUGAAAUUGUUUUUAUCGAGAAAGUUGUGAUUAUUUGGAUCCUGCUGAAGUAUCCGUUUUUGAAUUGCUUCCGGAACCAUGUCUAAUUUACAGCGUGCGAUGAUGAAGUCCCAGUUACCACCGAUGUGUCCUAAUCCCAAGUUUCCGAAGCCCUCUGACCGUGGAUUCCGUCGCCAGAAUGACUACAACCCUAUAAUGUGGAACGAGUAUUUUGGUGAAAUGCGCGAUAUCGAAACGAAGCAAGGCAAGUUUCGUGUGUACAUGUCAAAUGCGUCGGAUUCUACCGGACCACUUCUGGUACUACUUCACGGAGGAGGGUUUUCCGCACUUUCUUGGGCCCACUUUACCGUGGAGAUCACAAAGAUUAUUCAUUGUCAGUGUUUAGCUAUUGAUAUUAGAGGACAUGGUGAUACCUAUACCGAGAAUGAGGACGACCUGUCUGCAGAGACCUUAGCACAAGACGUUGGUGACAUUCUGCAAAUAAUGUAUGGCGAACGUUCUCCUCCAGUGAUUCUGAUCGGUCACUCAAUGGGAGGAGCCAUUUGUGUUCAUGUUGCUAACUUGAACAUCGUGGAUGCCCUCAUCGGUAUCGUUGUAAUUGACGUGGUAGAAGGAACAGCGUUGGAAGCAUUGGCCAGCAUGCAAAGUUUUUUACGUUCUCGACCGAAAACGUUUAAAAGCAUCCAGCAUGCCAUCGAAUGGAGUGUUCGGAGCGGACAAAUUCGAAACAUUGAAUCGGCACGUAUUUCAAUGCCAGGACAGAUAAUAAAUAGUGAAACAGGCAAGCUGUCAACAAAUGAACUGCCACUGCCAGAAGAACCCACAGAGGAAAGAUUCCGAUUCAGUAAUCCGAACGCUAUCGCUGAGGAUGCCGAGCUGCAAUCUCCCGCUGUUCCCACAACUCUUCCGACGCCAUCGAGUAGCAUUAAAAAGUACACUUGGCGUAUUGAUUUAUCGAAAUCGGAGAAGUAUUGGGAAGGUUGGUUCCAAGGGCUCAGUCAGAAGUUUCUUGACGUAAGAGUUCCUAAACUAUUACUUCUGGCUGGAAUCGACAAUUUGGAUCGUGCCCUCACGGUCGGUCAGAUGCAGGGCAAAUUUCAACUACAGGUUCUCGCACGCUGUGGCCAUGCAGUGCACGAAGAUCGUCCGCACGAAGUGGCAGAGGUGAUCGGGACGUACUUACUAAGAAAUAAAUUUGCCGAACCUGCUGGUCAAUUCUCGAUGCAUAUGCCAGCGUGUUGAAUCUCUGUCCGACAAUGAACGCAACGAACUGAUCGGCUGUUCCGUUCCGAAUGGAGGGCGCUUCGGGAAAUGGCUAUUUUGCUCUGAUGUAAUACAGGUCGGACUCGAUUAUGUAUAGGCGACCAUUUUUUUUCAACAAUUAUUUUCAAAUCCUAUACUUAAUCGAAUCUCAAGAAAACAAUUCUUUCAUUAAUGUAUGAAUGUCAAACAUUAAUAGAAAAAUAGCUUUUUUGUGAAUAUGUAUUGGAUUCGAAAAUUAAAGUUGAAAGUGAAAUUGCGAUUAUAUUUAUAUAAUCGAGUCCGACCUGUAUUGAGAUUGCCAUUUCCAUGAGCGAUUUUCAGCUGAUAGUUGUCAUAUAAAUGUAAAGAAACUUAUUUAUUUGCAAACAAUGUAAAAAUAAAUG